AUGUCCGCUUAUGGAUCCAUAGCCGCCCCCGAACCCAAGACGACUCUAGCAGUCAGGACAUGGGAUAUCAAAAACCCAGACUGUCUUCUCUGGACAUUUCCUGUCGUUGGCUCAGAUGCUCCCUCUGAAUUACUUCAUCAUGUUCAUCACUUACUAAAUACAGAAAUCCAAGACGGCAAAACCUACCCUCAAGAAACUCCAUUAAAAUACGAAGAAUUCGUUGCCUAUUACUUUUCAAGCGUGACGAUCAUUGGACUACUCGUAUCCGUCGAAAACAAUCCUCCGGAGACUUUAGAAGAGGCAAGAUGUGGGCAGAGCUGGGAAGUAUCACUGGGAGGAACGUAUUACAUAAAGCCGAACUACCCCGGAAGAAGCAGUCAUAAUGCUGGUUUUCUAGUCCCAGAACAACACAGAGGACGGGGAGUGGGCGCUGCUCUGGCAAAGAGCUUCUGCGAGUACGCUCCUCAAUUAGGAUACAAAUCCAGUGUCUUCAACCUGGUGUACGCAAAUAAUACUGCGUCCCUCCGGCUUUGGGAUUCUUUAGGUUUCAGCCGAGUAGGACUGAUACCGCAAGCCGGACGGCUAAGAAGCGGCCCAGAGGGGGGAGAAGAGUAUGUGGACGCUGUGGUGAUAUACAAGAGCUUUGUCUAG